AUGGAGGUUCAAAUCUUAUCUAGAAAACUGAUAGCCCCUUCAUCACCAACUCCACCGCACCUUCAAAACUUGAAAGUAUCAUGUUUUGACCAGCUUGCUCCUUCCAUUUACUUACCAUGCAUUUUCUACUAUCCAGCCGAUGGUGAAAACAACGAAAAACGAAGCAAGGAAAUGGAAAAAUCAUUAGCUGAAACCUUAAGCCUCUUUUACCCACUCGGGGGAAGAUACAUCAAGGACGAAUUCUCAGUUGAGUGUAAUGACAUGGGAGCAGAGUUUUUGGAAGCCAAAGUUGGUGGUUUCUUAUCUCAGCUUCUCGAAAGAGAAGAGCGUGAGUCUGAAAUGGCGAGUCAUCUGGUUGCACCACUAUUCCAAGCGGAGAACAGCCCUCUUGUGAUAGUUCAAUUCAACAUGUUUGCAUGUGGUGGACUGGCUAUUGGUAUAUCUAUCGCACACAGGAUAGCUGAUGCAUUCACUAUAGGUACAUUCAUCAAUGCUUGGGCCACUGCUUGUCGAAUUGGGAGUGAAAAGGUUCAUUGUCGUCCAAGCUUCCAAUUGGGUUCUCUCUUUCCACCCAAAGAAAUGCCUUCGUCCAGUGCCACGGCUCCAGGAACGGACAUCAAGAUUAUCAGGAGAAGGUUCGUGUUUGAUGGCCAUACUUUAUCAAAACUGAAAGCAAUUGCUAGAGGUGGUGAUUCGGAACAGUUGGUGAAACACCAUCCAUCACGAGUAGAGUUUAUGCCAGAUGAUGAGAUCAAGAUGGAGCUUCAUCACUUCGUGAAUCGGGUGCACGACGCCAUAAGCACCACCACCCAUGAUUGUGCAAAAGCUUCAAAUAGUGAUGACAUUUACUCUAUGGUGUCCAGUAAGGCGAGGGAGGUGGGUGAAGCACUUGGGGAAGGCAAUGUAGAUACCUAUAUGUUCAGUUGCUGGUGUCGGUUCCCAUGGUAUGAAGCAGAUUUUGGAUGGGGAAAACCCUCUUGGGUGAGUAGCGUGGACGUACCAACUGGCAUUGUUAUGCUUAUGGACACUAAAGAUGGUGAUGGAAUUGAAGUAUUUCUAGCCUUGGAUGAAAGCAGCAUGCUUACUCUUCAGCAAAAUCUGGACAAAACUAUUUCGUUCACUGGCUAG